GUGCAAUCAGGGAUAGGACUGAACACCAAAAUGGGCAGAAUCAUUUUCUACGAGGACAAGAACUUCCAGGGUCGCUCUUAUGAGACCAGCAGCGACUGUCCUGAGUUGACCUCCUACCUGAGCCGCUGCAACUCCUGCAGGGUGGAGAGCGGCUGCUUCAUGGUCUACGAACGUCCAAACUUCAUGGGCCACCAGAUGCUGGCCAGGAGGGGAGAGUACCCCGACAACCAGCGCCUGAUGGGAAUGAGCAUGAGUGACUGCAUCCGUUCAUGUCGCAUGAUCCCCAUGCACAGAGGUCCAUUCAGGAUGAGGAUCUACGAGAGGGAGAACUUCGGAGGUCAGAUGCAUGAGCUGAUGGAUGACUGCGACAACAUCCAGGAUCGUUACCGUAUGUCCGACUGCCAGUCUGUUCAUGUGAUGGACGGCCACUGGCUGAUGUACGAGCAGCCCCACUACAGAGGCAGGAUGCUGUACCUGAGGCCCGGAGAGUACAGGAGCAUGAGAGACAUGGGAAUGGGUCCCAUGGACAUGAGGAUCGGAUCCAUGCGGCGUAUAAUGGACUCCUGCUAGAGAACAGCACAGGCUGGAGGCUUAAAAAACAAAAUCAACAAAUAUCAAUAAAUCAAUUUAGCGUUGAGUUUGGUACCAGUGAGCCGGGAGGAAAAUUUGGCCACAAAAUUAGACUCUAAAAAAAAUGUUUUUGCAUGAAUCAUCAGCAUCCAACUGAUCCGGUACGUCAGAGGACAGUUCAGGCUGUAGUGACUGCUGCUAUUUUAAUAACUGUACCCCAUAGCCAGGUCAAGACUUCUUCUUCUUCUACCUAUGGAAUGUGUUAUGUCAUAUAUGAUGCACGUGACAAUAAAGAUGAAUUUCAAAUGAUGGAAA